AUUUGUCCAGAUGUUGAUGAUAUGCCCUGUGAAAUUUUAGAUUUCGAUGGUAAUUCAACCAUGAUGUGCAUCUCUUCUCAGUCUGCUCCUAUGAAUGUCACUAUUGAUAUUCGUAAAUCGUCGGACUUCUCCUGCAGAUGGCCAUCGCACCUUAAUGGAAGUCAGUAUGUGUGGAAAUUCAGAGCACCUGAACAUUGGAAAAUACUUCUGAGAAUCAAAAGUGAUCCUAAACGACUUACAUUGGAGGUGGAACGGCGAAAUGAUAACACAUUCAUGUUCAAGGCUAUUGAACAUCCUCAUUUCCUCGCUGGGAAUGAAAUCAUUUCCAGAAGUAAUGUCUUGACGAUGAGAGCACGCAUCCAUCCCGAACUGCUCCGUUUGUCAGAAGGUUCCAACCAAACGUUCAAUGUCUUUGUAAGAACCGUCAGAUUGAAAGAUCCUGUUGACAUGCAACCCCAAGGUUGUGACGUUCCAAUCCCUGGAAGCAAGAAAAAAUAUGGUAAUACCAGUAUGGUGAAUCUUGGUCUAAAACUAAAGGAUGUUUCCUUACUUCGUCUAAUGACCGGUCUGUCCAGCACUCGGAGUUCUUGCUCUCCUUCUCCUACCAAUUAA